AGCAAGGCUCCGCAAACUCGCCGGGAUCCGCCGCGGGACCAGGCUGUGGCUGCGGCCGUGCAGGGAAACCGAGUCUGUCUUCUCGGCGCGGACUUUGAACGCUUCAAAGAGAAAACAGGAGCGCGCCCAGGAGAUCUGUAGCUGGAGCGAGUUGUUGCAGUUCCCGGCUCUGUCCCCAGGACUGGGAUAUGUGUUGACUGAGGAGCUCACUACAAUGACUCUGGAAAUAGACGGGGGAUUCUUAUAAAUCACAAAGGAAAAUAAAUAACUUCACCCAUGGAGGGAAAGAGGCAGCUCGAGAAAAGGGACUUUGGAAAAAGGCUGUCUCUAGACAGCAGUCUUGUGGAAUACAUGGACUCCAAUAAAUAUGUUGAACAUCUGCUAAAUCAACUAGAAGAGCAGCACCGAAGUCUCUGGAGGGAGAAGUUGGCGGUGGCCCAACUGCAGCGGGAAGUUGCCCAAAGAGCAAGUGAGGGGGCUAUGCAUGAGAAGCUGAUCCAUGAAUUGGAGGAGGAGAGACAGUUACGUCUUCAAAGUGAGAAGCGGUUGCAGGAGGUGACCCUGGAGUCUGAGCGCAACAGGAUUCAGAUGCGCAGUCUGCAGCAGCAGUUCUCCAGGAUGGAAGAAACGGUGCGAAAUCUAUUGCAGAGUCAAGGAUCUUCAGAGCAGAAAAAAGAAGAAAUUGUUAAUACAAUGGUCUGUCAGGAAAGACUGCCAGAGGAAGAAAGAAAACACAACGAAGCUUUGGAAGAUCUUCACAUGGUAGUAGAUGAGGAUUCAAGGAGCGAAAGCAGCAGCACAGAUGAGGGGAAAGACAAGACCAAAUGGCUGCUAGAAAGAUUGAAAGCCCUAGAGGCAGAAAAUUCAGCAUUGGCUUUGGAAAAUGAAAAUCAAAGGGAACAAUAUGAGCGAUGUCUUGAUGAGGUAGCCAACCAAGUUGUGCAAGCUCUGCUCACUCAAAAGGAUCUAAGGGAAGAAUGUGUAAAGUUGAAAACAAGAGUGUUUGAUUUAGAACAACAGAAUCGAACCCUAAGUAUUCUGUUCCAACAACGAGUCAGACCAACUUCUGAUCUGCUCCUCCAGAAACUUCACUCACGCAUCUUAGAUCUUUCAUCCGGAGAUUUGCUUUCAGACGUGGCAAGAAGCCGAAGUGGGACUCAGGCGCGAACAGAUGUUGAGCUGCACGAACGCCCGCUGAAUCCGAAAUCAGGAACCUCUGCCUUGAAGUGCCCUGGCUCUGGGGUUGUUGUCCCUGGUCAUCUCUGUCCUCGAAACAGCUGUAGCAGCAGCGAACUGUCUCUUUCAAGCACCUGCAGUGAGUACUCCAGCAGCUCCUCCUACACCUGGCAUGACGGGAGGAACCUCAGGAAAAUGCAGUCUUCACAAAACUGGGAUAGAAGGCUAAGUGUUGAUUCUUCACUCCCAAGUGGCUUUACCAGUCCUCCAGAUGAACUACCUCCUACUCGAAUCAAGGAAAGCCACAUUUUGGAAGGGCUAAGGAAGCUACAGAAGCGAAAAGUAUUAGUUGAGCCCUCAUCAGUGAUAACCAAAUGGGGUUAUAAAGAUUGCAUGAACUCGAAUGAAGGGAUAUAUUCUCCAGGAGUGAAGAGUAACAGCCUCAAGGAAUAUCCCCCCUGCAAAGCAGCUGGCCCGGGGAGCCCCUGCAAGGAGCCACACAAGGCAUUUGUUUAUGAAACAGGUUCCCACAUUAAUGCCGAUGAUGACUCCUCUUCCUUAGCGUUGCUGCAAGCAGUUCCAAGUCAGGGCUGCAGGCUGCAUGGGAAUAAAUUAACCCACAGUGUUUCGGACAGUCUGGUUGGCUGGGAGCCAUAUGGAAAACAUUUUUCCGAGGGCACGUCCUCGGUUUAUCCUAAGGAAAAACCUGAAAAGCUGAUGCGUUGUGCCAGCAACUGUCCUUUGGAGAGGAAGUGGUGCCCAAACUUGCAGGCAUCUCAGACUCAGAGUGAGAGGGGUCUCCACAGCCAAGGCCAUGGCCACGUGGCUCUCAGUCUCCAGCUUUCGGACACAGAUGACAAUGAAACCCUUGAUGAGUUGCACAUCGAGAGCAGUGAUGAGAAAAGCCCUUCAGAUGUGUCACUGACUGCUGACACUGACAAAUCCACGGAGAACCUGGACAUGCUCGUGGGACUUGACAAAUCUCACCACGGCUUUCCUGAAGAGGACAAAAAGCAAGUGCCCAUCCACUUGGAGACUAGGCCAAAGACGUUCAGCUUCAUUAAGCAGCAAAGGGUGGUGAAAAGGACUUCUUCGGAAGAAUGUAUCACUGUAAUAUUUGAUGCGGAAGAUGGCGAGCCCAUUGAAUUCAGCUCUCACCAGACUGGAGUUGUCACUGUUACCAGAGAUGAAAUCUGCAUUGACGCAGCCCCUGCUGCACCCACGGGAGAACACACUGGACUUUUACCUCAGGGAAACGCCCCUUUCCAACCAAGCUGUGCUGCAAGAGACUGUACUUUUUUGAAGAGAUCAGAAGAUGAAACUGAGGGAAACAUUCCAAAAGGCAGUGCAGAUGAUAUUCCCCUGGCACCCAAUGAAUCUUUCAGUCCCAGGGCAGUAACACCAAAUACCGAGCGACCAAAGCUGACCAAACCAACACACAGCAUGUCAUGCCAGGGUCAUCCAAGGUCCUCAGCACCUCUGGGUGUCUGUCAGAAGCCAAGUCUGACAAAAAUACCUGCCAGGGGCAAGGCUUCACCCCAGAAGUCAAAAAUCAUGGAGACUGAAGCCUGCACACUCGGGCCCUCAUCCGGCCCCGUGACUCUCGAGAAAUCUCCAUCCUUCAUGCCUGUGAAACUCUCACGGUUCGCAAAGACCGAAAGUCCAGGACCCCUUUUUGAUUUACGACCAGAUUCUCACAUUCCAAAGCACCCUGCUCAGCUUCCUCACAGCUCCAGAAUGUCCAGCAGGAGGGACUGGGCCCAGUGCUCCAAGAGGCAGACACCAGGGUCACGGUCUAGGCCCCUCAUGGAGCCUAGCAACAGUGGCGACCCACCCAUGAGAGACAGACUCUGUGACUCUGGGCCAGAGGCAGAGGUAAAGCCCCCUUCCCCACCACCCCCUCCGGGCAGGUCAGUCUCGCUACUGGUCAGGCCUGGUCGUGACUGUUCACCACCCCCUUCAUCUGCCAGGUCUGAAACCAGGGGCCCCGGUGAAACUGCGAGAACCAUCUUCAAAUGCCCCCUGCUGAAAGGAACCCCUGCCCCUGUUUCUUCUUCCAAUCAGGCCACAGCAGAAGCACUUAAGAAGAAGCCUUCCAUGGCCUUCAGAAAGCCUGUCCUCACUCACCCUCUGUCCACCCCAGAAACGGUGACUCAAGCCAGAUGCCCUGCAUACACUCCCUCCACCUCACCUGCCAUGACAGCUCCAGGGCCUCCCAAGGCCUCUCCAAAGAGAGGUGUCCCCAGAACCUCUCAACAAACCCUUGGGACAGCACACACAGACUUAGGGUUACGGACUCCCAAGAAUUGCCCUUCAACCCAUGAGGCCCCGGAGGCAACAUCAUCCAAAACUGUAUCUCCAGGAAGAAAAGGACAGGUGAAUGACAGCGGCAUCCCCACAUCCCCCAAGCCUGCCUUCUUAGGGAUGAAUGAGUCAGCAUCAUCUCAGGUGAACAGUCCUUCAUCGUCAUCGUCAUCGUACAAAAGCCAUAAUGUGCCACAUGGUUGUCCAAACACUCAAGAGAAAGGACUGAAAACGCGCCUCCCAGUGGGGCUCAGAGUUCUCAUGAAGUCUCCCCAGUUGCUCAGGAAAAGUUCCACAGUCCCAGGAAAGCAUGAAAAAGACAGUUUAAAUGAAGCCUCUAAAAGCUCUGUGGCUGCAAGCAAGUCCAAGCUCGAGGCCUGCAAGAAUCCAGCAAGCCUAGAGACCACUGGAGGGGAAAUAGGUGCAGCCACUCUGGAUUUCCAAGUGCAAGACACUGUUACUGAUGGGCUUUCUGUGGAAACAGCACUACCAGAGCCAUUGGAAAACAGCAGCUCUGGGGCUGAUGGAAGAGACGGAUUAGAAAACAGAUCUGUGAAAAGAUCCCUGUCCUCCAGUAAGCCACACCUGAAGCCAGCGCUGGGCAUGAACGGCGCCAAAGCCCGCAGCCAGAGCUUUAGCACUCACUCAGGAGACAAGCCUUCCACGCCCCCCACGGAAGGGCCUGGCAAAAUCCGAACUCAGAUUAUUACCAACACUGCUGACAGAGGCAACUCUCUCACCAGGCAGAACUCUACCAUGGAAGGCUCUUUGAGUAGGACCCCUUCUGCCCCCAUGCCUGAGAGCCUUCUCAGUGCUGGGAGGCCCCUGGGCCACCCGUCCUCCAGGCAGGGCUCCCUGGGGAGUGCAGACAGUACUAGCCAGCAUGGGAGCCCUAGCAAGUUGCCUUUGAGGAUCCCUCCAAAGUCUGAAGGGCUCCUCCCACCACCUGGAGCAGAGGCCCCGCAGACAUACACUCAGGGAGAAUGUCCCAGUGUGGCCAUAGCUGCAGAAACAGGCAGCGACCACUGCAGGUGCCCAGUCAUACCAACAGACUGCCCUCGAGCCCUGCAGAGUCCGGGGAGGACACAGCAUCCCAGCGGUUUUGAAACAAGCAGGACAUCCAAGGUAGAAACUUCGGGAAGGCAUCCAGAUGCCUCUACAACAAGAACUGGUGCUGUGAGCCCGGAAGCCCCCCUCUCACCCACAAUCGAAGAAAAGGUCAUGUUGUGCAUUCAGGAAAACGUGGAAAAGGGCCAAGUGCAAACAAAGUCCACCUCUGUGGAAGCCAAGCAGAAGCCAGGGCCUUCAUUCGCCAGCUGGUUUGGUUUUCGGAAGAGCCGGCUCCCAGCUCUCAGUAACAGGAAAAUGGACGUGCCCAAAACCAAAGUGGAAAAGAAAGAUAUGAAAGUGCUAGGAUUUGGAAACAAGCAGCUAAAAUCAGAGAGGAAAAAAGAGAGAAAGAAAACUGAGCUGCAGUGUGAGAUAGGAAAUGAGCUCAACAGGGACACUGAGUCAGUAGAUGGGGCAGACAGUGGCUCACAGAGCAAAACAACUGUGAAAAUGCCACAGAACACUUACAACCAAAGGAAGUUUGAAGCCAGAAGUAGACCCAGCCCUGUCACAUGUCCAGCAAAUGAUGCCUUCAUGACAGAACUGUUGAACAGAGUUGAUAAGAAAGCAGCUCAACAGACAGAAAGUGGAUCAAAUGAUAUUUCCUGCAGGAAUGUGUUAAAGGGCAGUUCCCAGAGCUCCUGUCUCAGUGGCAGCUCCAUCAGCUCACAGGGAAACCACAAGAAAAACACCAGAACCAAAGCCGACAUGGAAACACCGAGAGACUCCCUGGUAAAAGGGGAGAACGAGAACUUACAAGAGGAUGAAGAAGGUCCAGUUGCAGAUUCUGCAUUCCAGAGCCACAUCAUAGAAUCAAACUGCCAGAUGAGGACAUUGGACAGUGGGAUUGGAACAUUCCCACUCCCAGACUCGGGAAAUCGCUCCAUGGGACGGUACCUAUGCCAGCCAGACUCCCCAGAGGACACUGAGCCCCUGCUGUCUCUGCAGCCAGCCCUCCCUGCAGCUUGUUCCCUCAGAGCCCAAACCCUUGAACGAGAAGUGCCUUCCUCCACAGACAACCAGCUCUCUGCAGAGAAUACAAUUGUUCACUCCACAUCUGACCCCAUCAUGUUGGCCAGAGGGGUGCGACCUGUUCAGAGUUGCCUCCCCAAACCGGUCUCCUCAGGAAAAAUUGGUUCACAAAAGCAGGAUGAAGCAGAGCCAGGGCCCCAGACCUGCUCAUCAUUGGACUACACCAACAACUCAGUGGUGACAGAGCCGCUUCCAGACUGGAGGAGUGAAGACACUGCCGCCGAGACCCAGAAAUUGAAACAAGUUGAAGAAACAGAAGAUCCUGAGAAUAGAUUACCUAAAAUUUCCCUGGAGUCGUUCAAUAAAUUUAACAGCAAUACUGUGAUUUUAUUAGAAAAAGAAAAGAAUUCAAUGAACAAGGUUGAAGGACAAAAAGAAGAGAAAGAAAAAAAUGAAGAGGCAUCUUUGAGUAGCUCAGAUAGGCCUGGGAUAGACAACUUGGAAUCUUUGAGCGAUUCUUUAUAUGAUAGCUUCUCUUCUUGUGCAAGUCAAGGUUCAAACGAUGUAUAAAGGACUUUUCUUUUUUCCUUAGAACUGGGAAUGGAGCACUUUGGAGGUAGAGAUGAGGACAGGAAACUUUUGCAACACCAGAGCCCACAUUGUCAGGUUCAAGGCAGGCAACACACCAGAGCUUACUUCUCUGCCAGGGAACAAAAGUAGACUCCACUUGUGUUUCAAGAGAAUGGAAAGUAAACAGAUCCAUGAUACAGAAUUCUUAAAUUUGCACAUUUUUUGAACACUUGUAUAGAAGUUGUAAAUUUUGGGGGAAAGAAAUUAUAUUUGUAGCAAAAGAAAAAGAAAAAAAAAAGACAGCAAUAAAUGGAAUCAGUGCCAUGCUCUUGAAAUGAUGUACGAAGUCUUAGAAAUUGAUGAUGAUAUAUAUUUUUAAACAAUUACAAUUAAGGUUGUUGUGAAGUGCAUUGUCCUAGUCCUCGGAUUGUUAGAGAGGACACUUUGUAAGCCUAACACAGGGCCUGCAGAAGAAAACCAAGGGAUCAGUCUGAUCUCCAUCUCACUGCCUCACUUUGAGAGGAAUUUUACUUCUAGUGUAAUUUCGAAACUGUUGCCAGAGAUUCAGGUAGUAAUAACUGUCACCGUGCUUCUACUGCGGAAUGAAAAGGGUACUGAAGUGUGGACGCCCCUGGCAAGUGUGACGCUGAGUCAGAAGCACCCCUGAUUCUACUUCCAACAGCAGGCUUUGCCUCCCAGCAUUUCCUUACAUCCACUUCUACUUCGUGCUUCUCUGUAUACUUUGUUGAUUUUUAUCUUCCUGCUCUUUUUCUUAAAAUCUGGGCACUAUGGAAAGUGUUCACUUUUUAAAUAAAAUGAAUGGUUGGUGCUAUGAAAAAUUCAUACUUUUAAUAUUCUUUUUUCUACAAAGACUGUUUAUAUGUAAGGAUAAAUUCUAUUUUAAAGGUUAUGUGUAUUUUUUCUAGACGUGCACUAUUUAUAAUUGCUUUUGUACAGGAGCUUGUAAACUAGGCAUAAUAGAAAUAUUUUUAGGAUCUGUAUGGUUACUUUAGCACACACUUGUUUCUUUAAAGAGUAUUACUGUAAGAUCAGUGUUAUUCGGUUAAUUUGUGCAAUUUCGUUAUAUUGGAGUUUUGGUAUCUUAAAUGAAAAUCUGUAAAAUGUCCUUGUCCUUC